GCACAAAAGCACAAGCUAUUGUUGAAAAAUGUACAUCAAAAAGAUCGUCAUCGAGAACUUCAAAUCCUACAGGGGACAACAUAUUUUCGAUGGUUUGCACCCAGGACACAAUACCAUAGUCGGCCUCAAUGGCUCCGGAAAAAGCAGCCUCUUGGAGUCCAUCGUCUUCGUCGUAAGUAACCGUUACUACCCGAUCACAAAAGAACAGAGGGUUUCAGUGAUCAACGACAACCCCAUAAACCACACGAGGUCAGCCUCAGUGGAGAUAAUUCUCUCGAACGACGACAAUGUCCUCUCAAUAGACAUCUCAGAGGUGCGAAUCCGCAGGGUGAUCUCCCUACAGUUUGACCGCAUCACCGUUAACAACCAGAACUGCCAUCCAGACGAACUAUUCCAGCUACUCUCACCAGUCUUCCCCAGGGAGAAUCCUUAUUACAUUGUUCGACAGGAUGAAGUGGCUCAUCUGGCUACUGGCACUAACCUUAUUAGGUUCGAAGUGAUUGUGAUGGCGAUUGGAGUCCACAAGUUUGAUGAGGGUAUCACCGAGCUCCUCCUCCAGAUCGCGGAGAAAACGCAGUGCAUUGAGGACCUGCAGACUGACCUCGAAAGUCACAGGGAGAAGCUCGCCCUUCUGAUGACCAAGUACAACUACUUUACGAGGAUCAACAAAACGCGUCGUUACCUGGAGCAUAAGCUGUACCAGCUGCACCUCGAGGACUUGCAGUCGCAGCUGUCUCAGCUGGCAGACCCCUACGAUGAUGAGGUCCUGAAGGCCGAGGGGGCGAAGACAGCCUACAGCGCAGUCCACUCGGAGUACGUCGAUGUGAAUGCUGAGGUAAUCGCUCUACAGGGGGAGAUCGAUCUCUUGGAGAAGAUGAAGAGGAAGGGAGAGAUUGAAGAUAUCGAGUUGGCGAAGGAGCUGAACACCCAGCAGCUGGAGAGGGAAGAAAUAAGGGAGAAACUACAGGGAUUAAAUUCGGACGAAUCCGAGAGUUUCGAAAAGCGCCAUGAGUUGCUCCUCUCGAGGAUCUCGGAGCUCGAGGAGAAGGCGAAGGGCCUCGAGACUGCGUUGCAAGACAUCAGAAACAACAGUAACGAGGUCUGCCGAGAGCUGGAACGCCACGAGUACCAGCUGAUGGACCUCUCCAGGAGCAAGAUCAUCAUCGAGAAGUUGAAGACAGGAGAUCACGACCUGACUGAGGUAAUGCCAAGGGCUUCUCAGGUCACCAGAAUCAUUCAGGAGGAGGAGGAAGAGGUCGCCAGGCUGGAAGUCACCGUAGAGAAGGCUUUUGUUCAGAGGACCGAGGGCGAGAAGGAACUGGAAAGGCUGAGGAGUCAGUUAAGCGAUGUAAAGCUGCUGCUGCGUGAUCACAGGAGGAAAAAGGAGGAGCUCCAGAGGGCUAGGCACGAUCUCCUGGGGCGGAGGAAGGAGCAGCAGAGGGAGGCGGACGUUCUUCGUGAUGAUAUCGAGGCACUGGAGACCCGGAUUGGGACGAUCAAACAAAAACUGCAGAUGAUGGUCAGGGGAGAUGUCCUCGAGGGGAUCGAGUCGGUGAGGAAGAUCCUGGAGGAUUGGAGGCAGAGGGACGACCGGCUGGAGCUCGUUGAGGGGGUCAAGGGGAUUCUCCUGGAGGUUUUUACGUGCAGAGAACCUUCGGUGGCUUUCGCCAUGGAGGUCAGGGGUGGCGAUCAGCUGUUUCAUUAUGUCGUGAGGGACAGGAUUGUCAUCGCUGAGAUCUUGAGGGAGAUGAAGGAGAGGAACAUGAGGGGAAUCGUCAAUUUUAUCCCCCUCGGGGACGUGGAGGAGCUCCAGGUGAGGUAUCCCCUGGGGGAGUUCAAUUGCAGACCUUUGGUAUCGUUUUUGGUACCUCGGGAUGGCGAGCUCCAGAAGGCUGUGGACUUCGUCUUCGGGAAGACUGUCGUCGUGAGCAGUCUUAGGGAUGGCAUCGCACUUGCCAAUGUCUAUGACCUGCAGGCGAUUACUCUGAAUGGACAGCAGGUCCUGAGGAAGGGUAAGUACAGGGGAGGCUUUCGAGAUCGCCGAAACUCUCGACUAGAACUCUACAAAGAGUACUGUGAGCAGCGAGCUAAACUAGAUGCUGUCACAUUGAAUCACAAGAACCUCCUCACCUCCCUCCAGUCGAUGAACGAUGAACUCCUUCUUCCAAUGUCUGAACUCCAGAAGCUGGACGUGAAGAUCCAGGCGGCUGAACAGCACAUCUUGGGCCUCCAAACGGACAUUGCCGAGGCAUCGAGGAGCUUCGAGCAGGCAUCGGACAACUACUCCCCCCUGAAGAAGUACCUGGAAGACACGAGGAUGAGACUGGAGGAAUCGAAGCAGGAGCUGUCAACAGUGGAGACAGAGAUCGAAGAUCUGGAGAGGACAUCUGUCGAGGAAGUCGAGAUGUCUAUUCAGCAGCUUCUUGAGGACUCCCUACGGCUGGAGAAACAGAGAAAACAGGCGAUCGCAGAGAUUCCGCACCUGGAAGGGAGACUGUCCUCGGUGAGGGAAAUCCUGUCUCGUUUAGAGAAGGACAGGGACGAGCUGGAGGCACAUGUGGGGGAUUACUCUCAGGAUAUCCUCCAGGAACGACUCGUCGUCGCCGAGCAGAAGCUGGAGAAGCGCAGGAAGGAUCUGGGGGAGCGGAUGCAGAGACUGGAGGUGAUUGAUGAGAAGAUAAUUGGACUUACAAGGCAGCUAUCAGAGGUGGAGAAGAGGGCGAGGGACUUGGACUUCGAGAGAGAGAAGGCCAGGAUGACAUGGGAGGCAGCGAAGGAGGACGUGGAGGCGGUUAAAGGUAGAAUGGACUGUCUCACGAGGAAGAUGGGGGAGUGGGAGAAGAGACUGGCUGAUGUGGGGACCCUCCCCAGCAUCAGGAACCCCAGGGUUUUUGACAAUAUGGGGAAGAAGGCGUUGGAGAGGAAGAUCAGAGACAUCGGGAGGGAGGAGAAGGCUCUUGGGGCUGUCGACUGUAGCAUCAAGGGUAAGAUGAAGGGGCUGGAGGGACAAAUGGUGGCUCUGGAGCGUCUCCUGGAGAAGGAGGAGGAGAGGAAGAGGAGCUACGAGGAGGAAAUGGAAAAGAUCGAGACAAAGAGGGUCGAGGCCUUGAGGGUGGGGUUCGAAAAAAUCAACGAGUUUUUUGAGGACAUCUUUGGGAACAUCGUGACCAACGGUCGGGCCAGCCUUCUUCCAGUAGGGGAGGAUGGAGAGGUGGGGGAUGACUGGAGGAGCGUCAGGGGAGCCAGGAUUAGGGCGACUUUUGCCGGUGGACAGGAGGUGGAGAGAAUGUAUCAGCUCUCUGGGGGACAGAAGACUGUCAUCGCUCUGUGUCUGAUCUUUGCUGUUCACAGGUUCAAACCUGCGCCUUUUUAUUUACUUGACGAGAUUGAUAAGGCACUUGAUGGGUGCUUCAGGGCAUCUGUGGCUGGGAUGGUUCAUGAGAUGAGUAGGAAUGCACAGUUUGUGAUCGUCACGUUUAGAGAGGAGUUGGUGAUGCUGGCUGAUAGAUUUUUCAAGGUGACUUCCAGUCAUGACUGCUCACAUGUGCAGGACUGCAACAGGGAGGAGGCUCUGGAGAUCAUUAGGAAAGAUGCUGAGGAGGAGGUUAUAACGAUGAUCGUGAGUUCCCACCAUGAUGUACAGUGGUCCAGCCCUCAUUUUCGUCAUCUGGAUAACAGCACAGGUACCUCUAUCCUCAGAAUUAAACUUCAGUCGCGAAGCAACGACCUGUUCGAGUUAAUCUUAACUGUCAGUCACUUUUCACUAAAUACCUCGAAAACUAAGAGGAAUUUCGAAACGUUUCUCAUGACCUUUUUUGUAGAGCGAAGUGAGGGCUAUAAAAAAUGUCUCGACGAAAAUUGCGCUAUCUCCUUCAGAUUCGUCGAUAUUCCUCUAAAACUUCACUCGAUAAUGUCCCACAUCCUGGCAACUUCGACCAAUCCCUAUACAUCGGAGUUCUCGUUCAGUCCGGAGCACCAUCCCUCGGAGAACCCCAGCUGUCCCACCAGGAAAUCCCGUAAAAUUCGUGAGUCAUGGGAUGAUAAGUAUUUUAUCACCGAUAGUCGUAAAAACGGUGCUGACGACAUCGCGAGAAAUGGGAAAUCAUCGGUGGAAAUUAUGGCCAUCCUUCUGCCGUGUGCACACCCUCCGGAUGGUCCCAUAAACAACGUGAAUAUGAGCCUGUGGGGUUUUCAUCUGCAGAAGUACUCGAAGAUCACGAGGUGCCAUCGAAAAGUUGUCAUCUCCAUCAAAAUUACGAAUGUUGGAAAGACAGACACAGAAGAUCGAUUCAUAGUGAUAGACCACGUGACAGACCCACUUACAAUGCGAAAAUCCCGACUGAUGGAGCCGUACGUGAUAAAAAUCCGACAGGAGCAAGUGCUCCAGCUUUACGACCUGACCUUCCAAAGCGUGGUCAAUGCUGAGGCGACCGAGGAGGUGAUAAACAACGAGAGGGAGACUUUCAUCGGUUGCGAUGAUUACUCGGAUCAUCCCACCUGCGGGGAAAUGUUCUACCGAGGGGUGAAGAUACCACACAGUCAGCGAAUUUCUGGUGCUGAACAGGCGCGCCUGGGUUCCGAAGCAAAGACAGCUCAGGAGAAUGUGCGAUCAGCCUCGAAGCGGCUGAAGGAAGCGAAGAAGGAAGUCCAGACUGCGAAGGAGGAGCGUGACACCCUGAGUGCUGAGCAGCAGCAGCUGCUGAAGGAGAAGACGAAACUGACCCUGACGAUAAACGAUCUUCUGGAGGAGGUGAAGGGUGACAACGACAGCAGAAAACGUGCGCAGCAGGAGCUGGAGAAGCUAAAGGAGAACAUCGCUGUGAGGGAAAAGGAGCUGGAGAAGAUUCGUCCUGAAUACGAGGAGAUGAAGCGACGGGAGGAGGAGUACACGAGAGCGAUGGGACUCAAGGAACAGAAGCGGAAGGAGUUGUACGCUAAGCAGGGGAGGGGCUCGCAGUUCACCAGCAAGGACGACAGGGAUAAAUGGAUUCAGAACGAGCUGAAGCAGCUGACCAAGCAGAUUAGGGAUAAAGAGGAGCACCAGAAGAAGAUCAGUGAGGAUCUCAAGAAAGACGCCGAGAAGCAGAAGGAUCUCGAGAAGAAGAUCGAGGAGUACACGAAGGAGAUGGAGAAGCAGAGGGCGUCCAUUGAUGAACACAACAAGCACUACUAUGAACUGACCAAGCAGAAGGACGCCUGUCAGGCGCAGAGGAAGGAGCAGUACAGGAAGGAGAGUGUCCUGCAGUUGAAUCUGUCUGGGUUGAAGGAGGACCUGGCGAAGGCUGAUCAGAGCCUCAGGUCCAUGGCCGGAAAACCCAUUCUCAAUGGACGGGAUUCGGUUCGGAGGGUUCUUGAGACUUUCAAAGAACGACCUGACAUGGCUCAUGAGGUUAACUCGUACUAUGGACCUGUCAUCGAGAACUUUGAUUGUGAUAAGAGUGUCUACAUGGCGGUGGAGGUCACUGCUGGCAACAGACUCUUUCAUCAUAUUGUGGAGACUGACAAGUUUGGAACGAAAAUCCUGAAGGAGAUGAACAAUCAGAGACUGCCGGGGGAAGUCACCUUCAUGCCUCUCAAUCGUCUACACGUGAAGAGCAUUGAUUAUCCUGAUACGAGUGACGCCAUUCCCAUGAUCUCCAAGCUUAAUUAUGAUGGGAAGUACGACAGAGCGAUGAGGUACAUUUUUGGGAAGACUCUCAUCUGUAGAAAUCUGGAAGCUGCUACUAAUUUGGCGAGGACAUCUGGACUUGAUUGUGUGACACUCGAGGGGGAUCAAGUCUCCUCCAAGGGAUCACUCACUGGGGGGUACUUCAAUACCCUCAGGUCCAGGCUGGAGAUCCAGAAGACAAGGUCUGAACUUAUGGCGCAGAUCAACACGAUGGAGAAUGAACUGUCUAACCUGAGGGAUGAGAUCAAGAAGGCGGAUCAGAAUAUAUCGUCGUAUGUCAGUGAGAUGCAGAGAACGGAGACGAAGAACAGCAAGGCUAAAGACAUCUACGACAAGAUGAAGGCGGAGAUCAGGCUGAUGAAGGAGGAGUUGUCGGCUAUCGAGAGGUAUAGAACACCGAAGGAGAGGAGUCUUGCCCAGUGCACAUCGAAUCUCGAGGCUAUGAGGGCGACCAAGGAGGGUCUUGAGAGUGAACUCCAUCAGGACUUGAUGGCGCAGUUGUCGGUGGCUGAUCAACGGCAGGUGGAUACCCUCAACGACGAGAUCAGGACACUCACGAAAGAGAAUAAGGAGGCUUUUGCCAAACGUAUGAGACUGGAGGCUGAGAAGAACAAACUUGAGAAUCUUCUUACUAAUAAUCUUCAUCGGAGGAAGGACGAACUCGUGCAGGCACUCCAGGAGAUCUCGGUGGAAGACAGGCAGAGACAGUUGGAGACUUGCAAGGCUCAGCUGUCGGACAUAGAGAAAAGAUUGGUCAAGGUCAAUGCUGAUUUCAAGACUAUGAAUGAGAGAGUCGGGGGCGCCACCAAAAAGCAGAAGGCUGAGGCUGCUGAGGUGGAGAAGUGGAAGGCGAAGGAGAAGGAAGUCCAGGAGAAGAUCGAGUCUGAUGCUAAGGAUCUUGAGAAACUCGCCAGCAAGCAGAAUAUUCUACAGCAGAAGAUCGCUGAGUGUACACAGAAGAUCACGGAAUUGGGGGCACUGCCUUCACCUGAGGCUUAUGAGAAGUUUGGGAAUAUGUCGACGAAACAGCUGUUCAAGGAGAUGGAGAAGGCGAAUAAUCAGCUGAAGAAGUACAGCCAUGUUAAUAAAAAGGCGUUGGAUCAGUUCAUGUCGUUCAGCGAUCAGAAGGAGAAGCUUGUGAAGAGGAAGGAGGAGCUGGACAGAGGCGAUGAGAAGAUCAAGGAGCUGAUGAAUGUACUGGAGAUGAGAAAGUGCGAGGCUAUUCAGUUCACUUUUAAACAGGUUAGUAAGUACUUCAGCGAAGUCUUCAAGAAACUCGUGCCCACUGGACACGCACAACUCGUCAUGAAGACGGCCGAUGGGGAGGAGGGCGAUGAUGAUACAUCCACUGCUGCCGAUUCUGAUCGGUUCAUUGGUGUCGGGAUUAGAGUUUCGUUCACUGGACAAAAAGCUGAGAUGAGAGAGAUGAAUCAACUUUCGGGUGGGCAAAAGUCUCUUGUGGCACUUGCCCUGAUAUUCGCUAUUCAGAAGUGCGAUCCAGCACCUUUCUAUCUAUUCGAUGAGAUCGAUCAGGCUCUCGAUGCCCAGCACAGAAAAGCUGUUGCUGAUAUGAUCCAUGAACUCAGCUCUGACGCACAAUUUAUCACCACAACUUUUAGACCUGAAUUACUGCAGCACGCAAAUAAAUUCUAUGGGGUUAAAUUCAGGAAUAAGGUGUCUCACGUAGAGUGUGUCACCAGGGAAGAAGCUGCUGACUUUGUCGAAGACGACACAACUCAAGUUUCUGCUGUAAUUCUAAUUCAAUUCGUGAGGAUUCAACUGGGAAAUGUUGAUUCGCUCUUCAAUUUUGGAAGUGGGCCGGAAAUCGGGGCGCUGAAGCCAGAAAUGGCUGCCACUGUUUAUACUUCCCGUGAAUUUCCCUCGCUUUUUGCAUUCGAGAAGCCGAUCGUCAUCGAGAACUUCAAAUCCUACAGGGGACAACAUAUUUUCGAUGGUUUGCACCCAGGACACAAUACCAUAGUCGGCCUCAAUGGCUCCGGAAAAAGCAGCCUCUUGGAGUCCAUCGUCUUCGUCGUAAGUAACCGUUACUACCCGAUCACAAAAGAACAGAGGGUUUCAGUGAUCAACGACAACCCCAUAAACCACACGAGGUCAGCCUCAGUGGAGAUAAUUCUCUCGAACGACGACAAUGUCCUCUCAAUAGACAUCUCAGAGGUGCGAAUCCGCAGGGUGAUCUCCCUACAGUUUGACCGCAUCACCGUUAACAACCAGAACUGCCAUCCAGACGAACUAUUCCAGCUACUCUCACCAGUCUUCCCCAGGGAGAAUCCUUAUUACAUUGUUCGACAGGAUGAAGUGGCUCAUCUGGCUACUGGCACUAACCUUAUUAGGUUCGAAGUGAUUGUGAUGGCGAUUGGAGUCCACAAGUUUGAUGAGGGUAUCACCGAGCUCCUCCUCCAGAUCGCGGAGAAAACGCAGUGCAUUGAGGACCUGCAGACUGACCUCGAAAGUCACAGGGAGAAGCUCGCCCUUCUGAUGACCAAGUACAACUACUUUACGAGGAUCAACAAAACGCGUCGUUACCUGGAGCAUAAGCUGUACCAGCUGCACCUCGAGGACUUGCAGUCGCAGCUGUCUCAGCUGGCAGACCCCUACGAUGAUGAGGUCCUGAAGGCCGAGGGGGCGAAGACAGCCUACAGCGCAGUCCACUCGGAGUACGUCGAUGUGAAUGCUGAGGUAAUCGCUCUACAGGGGGAGAUCGAUCUCUUGGAGAAGAUGAAGAGGAAGGGAGAGAUUGAAGAUAUCGAGUUGGCGAAGGAGCUGAACACCCAGCAGCUGGAGAGGGAAGAAAUAAGGGAGAAACUACAGGGAUUAAAUUCGGACGAAUCCGAGAGUUUCGAAAAGCGCCAUGAGUUGCUCCUCUCGAGGAUCUCGGAGCUCGAGGAGAAGGCGAAGGGCCUCGAGACUGCGUUGCAAGACAUCAGAAACAACAGUAACGAGGUCUGCCGAGAGCUGGAACGCCACGAGUACCAGCUGAUGGACCUCUCCAGGAGCAAGAUCAUCAUCGAGAAGUUGAAGACAGGAGAUCACGACCUGACUGAGGUAAUGCCAAGGGCUUCUCAGGUCACCAGAAUCAUUCAGGAGGAGGAGGAAGAGGUCGCCAGGCUGGAAGUCACCGUAGAGAAGGCUUUUGUUCAGAGGACCGAGGGCGAGAAGGAACUGGAAAGGCUGAGGAGUCAGUUAAGCGAUGUAAAGCUGCUGCUGCGUGAUCACAGGAGGAAAAAGGAGGAGCUCCAGAGGGCUAGGCACGAUCUCCUGGGGCGGAGGAAGGAGCAGCAGAGGGAGGCGGACGUUCUUCGUGAUGAUAUCGAGGCACUGGAGACCCGGAUUGGGACGAUCAAACAAAAACUGCAGAUGAUGGUCAGGGGAGAUGUCCUCGAGGGGAUCGAGUCGGUGAGGAAGAUCCUGGAGGAUUGGAGGCAGAGGGACGACCGGCUGGAGCUCGUUGAGGGGGUCAAGGGGAUUCUCCUGGAGGUUUUUACGUGCAGAGAACCUUCGGUGGCUUUCGCCAUGGAGGUCAGGGGUGGCGAUCAGCUGUUUCAUUAUGUCGUGAGGGACAGGAUUGUCAUCGCUGAGAUCUUGAGGGAGAUGAAGGAGAGGAACAUGAGGGGAAUCGUCAAUUUUAUCCCCCUCGGGGACGUGGAGGAGCUCCAGGUGAGGUAUCCCCUGGGGGAGUUCAAUUGCAGACCUUUGGUAUCGUUUUUGGUACCUCGGGAUGGCGAGCUCCAGAAGGCUGUGGACUUCGUCUUCGGGAAGACUGUCGUCGUGAGCAGUCUUAGGGAUGGCAUCGCACUUGCCAAUGUCUAUGACCUGCAGGCGAUUACUCUGAAUGGACAGCAGGUCCUGAGGAAGGGUAAGUACAGGGGAGGCUUUCGAGAUCGCCGAAACUCUCGACUAGAACUCUACAAAGAGUACUGUGAGCAGCGAGCUAAACUAGAUGCUGUCACAUUGAAUCACAAGAACCUCCUCACCUCCCUCCAGUCGAUGAACGAUGAACUCCUUCUUCCAAUGUCUGAACUCCAGAAGCUGGACGUGAAGAUCCAGGCGGCUGAACAGCACAUCUUGGGCCUCCAAACGGACAUUGCCGAGGCAUCGAGGAGCUUCGAGCAGGCAUCGGACAACUACUCCCCCCUGAAGAAGUACCUGGAAGACACGAGGAUGAGACUGGAGGAAUCGAAGCAGGAGCUGUCAACAGUGGAGACAGAGAUCGAAGAUCUGGAGAGGACAUCUGUCGAGGAAGUCGAGAUGUCUAUUCAGCAGCUUCUUGAGGACUCCCUACGGCUGGAGAAACAGAGAAAACAGGCGAUCGCAGAGAUUCCGCACCUGGAAGGGAGACUGUCCUCGGUGAGGGAAAUCCUGUCUCGUUUAGAGAAGGACAGGGACGAGCUGGAGGCACAUGUGGGGGAUUACUCUCAGGAUAUCCUCCAGGAACGACUCGUCGUCGCCGAGCAGAAGCUGGAGAAGCGCAGGAAGGAUCUGGGGGAGCGGAUGCAGAGACUGGAGGUGAUUGAUGAGAAGAUAAUUGGACUUACAAGGCAGCUAUCAGAGGUGGAGAAGAGGGCGAGGGACUUGGACUUCGAGAGAGAGAAGGCCAGGAUGACAUGGGAGGCAGCGAAGGAGGACGUGGAGGCGGUUAAAGGUAGAAUGGACUGUCUCACGAGGAAGAUGGGGGAGUGGGAGAAGAGACUGGCUGAUGUGGGGACCCUCCCCAGCAUCAGGAACCCCAGGGUUUUUGACAAUAUGGGGAAGAAGGCGUUGGAGAGGAAGAUCAGAGACAUCGGGAGGGAGGAGAAGGCUCUUGGGGCUGUCGACUGUAGCAUCAAGGGUAAGAUGAAGGGGCUGGAGGGACAAAUGGUGGCUCUGGAGCGUCUCCUGGAGAAGGAGGAGGAGAGGAAGAGGAGCUACGAGGAGGAAAUGGAAAAGAUCGAGACAAAGAGGGUCGAGGCCUUGAGGGUGGGGUUCGAAAAAAUCAACGAGUUUUUUGAGGACAUCUUUGGGAACAUCGUGACCAACGGUCGGGCCAGCCUUCUUCCAGUAGGGGAGGAUGGAGAGGUGGGGGAUGACUGGAGGAGCGUCAGGGGAGCCAGGAUUAGGGCGACUUUUGCCGGUGGACAGGAGGUGGAGAGAAUGUAUCAGCUCUCUGGGGGACAGAAGACUGUCAUCGCUCUGUGUCUGAUCUUUGCUGUUCACAGGUUCAAACCUGCGCCUUUUUAUUUACUUGACGAGAUUGAUAAGGCACUUGAUGGGUGCUUCAGGGCAUCUGUGGCUGGGAUGGUUCAUGAGAUGAGUAGGAAUGCACAGUUUGUGAUCGUCACGUUUAGAGAGGAGUUGGUGAUGCUGGCUGAUAGAUUUUUCAAGGUGACUUCCAGUCAUGACUGCUCACAUGUGCAGGACUGCAACAGGGAGGAGGCUCUGGAGAUCAUUAGGAAAGAUGCUGAGGAGGAGUGAUUUUUUUUCAUUUUUAUUAUUUUUUUCAGUUUGCGAUUACACUCAUAUAUAUUUUUUUAAUUGUCUCAAAGGUGUUGAAUGACAGAAAUUAUUAUAAACAUUAGUGUAUUGUAGUAUUGUAAAACUGUUCAUUUGC